GGAGAGAGCACGGGGUAAGUUGAGACGGACGCCGGUUGCUGCGACGCGGAGCUCUGGUCAUUUCCCGGGCCUCUCCUGGGCUAGGACUGCGUCCGUGGUCUUUCCUCUUCUGCCCUCGAUCUCGAUAUGAGCCCUGCCUUGGAUAGAUGCUGCUGAAUCCAUAAGAAAUGCCACUGCCACUACCACCCCAGCGCUCCAGACGUGAGACUAAGAAAUCUCAGUCCAGCAAAAUUGUGCCCAGUGAUCAUGGCCCAUCUGAAAAGAGAGAGGAGAAUUACCAAGCAAAGAUAUCUCCAUCUUCACCUCAGGGACCACUGAAAAAGAGGUCAGCUUUUGAAGACCUCACCAACCCUUCUCAAAGUCAACCUGCCAAGCCCAAGAAGGAAGCCAGUAAUGAGUUUGUUAAAGAUGUUUCCAAGAAGAAAAACAGGAACACACCUGCUUGUGGGUAUAAGCUGGAACUCUCACCAGUAGUAGUCUCAACCACCAUGGUACCAAAUAUUAUAGAUAAACCGCUCAUUCUGGAGAUACCUACCAGCUCCAAGACACCCACUACUGAGGAGGCAUCUCUUUUCAAAAAGCCAUUCAUUUUAAAAGAGGAACCCACUACUGAGGAUACAAUCCUCAUCAAGAGGUCAUUAAAGAAGAGCACAAAUCAGGGGAAGGUGUCCCUCUUGGAGAAGCCACUAUCCUUGCAGGAGGAGACUGACAGUGAUGUUGUAGAGCCAAUGACUUUUGGGAAGAAGCAUAAAACUGAGAAGGCAGCCAUCAACAAGGGUACAUUAUCUUUAAAGAAUAUGUGCACACAUCAGGGGAAGCAGUCCUGCACGAGGGAGGAGUUGGCCUUGCAGGACAUCAAUGUUGAAGAGGAUUCUUUCUUUAUGGAGCCCACGAACUUUAGGAAGAAGCCUAAAACUGAGGAGGCAACCCCCACCAAGAAGCUGUUAUCUUUAAAGAAAAAGUGUACCACUCAGGGGAAGGUGUCCUGUAUGAAGAAGCCACUAGUAUUGCAGAAGAUCACCUCUGAAGAGAAGUCACUCGCUAAGGAGCUGUUGUCUUUUAAGAGAAAGCCUACCACUGAGAAGGAGUGCCUUUUCCAGGAACUAUCUGCAUUGCCAAAGAAGCACACCACUGAACAAGAGGUGUCCAUCUUGAAGAAAUCAUUGGCCUUGCAGGAGAAGAUCAACACUGAAGAGGAUUCCAUCUUUAAGGAAUCAUUGGCUUUUAAGAAACAACCUACCACAACAGAGACAACCCUCACCACAAGGCCAUUAUCUUUAAAGAAGAAGUGCACUACUCAGGGGAAGAUAGCCCACUUGAAGAAGCCAUUAGUAUUGCAGAAGACCAUCUCUGGAGAGAAGGCACUCAUUAAGGAGUCAUUGUCCUUUAAAAAGAAGCCUACCACUAAGGAGGAGUCCCUCUUCCAGGAGCUAUCUGUGUCGCAAGAGAAGCACACCACUGAUGGGGUGGUUACCCUUUUGAAGAAGCCAGGGGCGUUGCAGGAGAAAAAGGAUGGUGAAGAUGAAUUUCUUAUGGACCCAAUUUCCUUGAAGAAGAAGCAUACUACUAAGGAGGCAACCCUUUCCAAGAAGCCAUUACCUUUAAAGAAGAAGCGUACCACUCAGGGGAAGAGGUACCGCUUGAAGAAGCCACUAGUAUUACAGAAGACCACCUCUGAAGAGAAGUCACUCAUUAAGGAGCCGUUAUCCCUUAAGAAGAAACCUACCCCUAAGGAGUCCCUUUUCCAAGAGCCAUCAGCAUUGCAGGAGAAGCACACCACUCAGGAGGAGGUGUCCAUCUUGGAGAAGCCGUUGGUCUUGCAAAAGACUCCAACUGAGGAGUCCCUUUUAAAGGAGGCUUUGGCUUUUAACAACAAGCGUACCAUUGAGGAGGCAACCUCCUCUAAUAAGCUGUUAUCUUUAAAGAAAAAGUGUACCAGUCAGGGUAAGAUGUCCUGUUUGACCAAGCCACUAGUAUUGCAGAUCAUUUCUGAAGAGAAGUCACUCAUUAAGGAGCCAUUAUCCUUUAAAAAAAAAAAAAGCCUGCCACUGAGGAGGAGUCCCUCUUGAAGAAACCAUCUGCACUGCAAGAGAAGCACACCAUUCAGGGGGAUUUGGCCCUCUUGAAGAAGCUAUGGGCACUGCAGGAGAAUAUAGACAGUAAAGAUGAAUUUCUUAUGGAGCCAGUGUCAUUUAGGAAGAAACAUACCACAGA